CGUGCUGGAAAUGCAUCAUUAAAUGCACGUAAAUAUUUAUGUAUAUAAAUAUAUAUUAUCAUAACUAUAUUGUAUUCUGUGAUCCCCCCAAUAAUAAAACGAACAAUGACUUCAUUUUUUUUAUGAAAGUUGUUUUUUUUAUAUUACAUUUAGUGUUCUAUCUAGUAUAAUACUAUUUAUACCUAUUACCUACUGUUUAACUGGUUUGUCUGAGCAUGUCCUGUCGAUGUACAAUUUUGCAUGGACAUAAUUUUUUAUAUUUUUUUAUUCUUAUAAAUUCGUGGAAAUUAAUUUUAUUAGAGUUUGACACUAUAUCUACGCCACUACCUUUUUGAUAUCAUUUUUAUUGAGCAUUUCUAGUGUGGCAAAUAAAAACAUAUUUCAAUUGACGAUUACUGAAAUGGCUACGUACAGUGAUGAUAGUUAUGAUUCACAAGUGUUAGAAGAUUCGGUCUUACAAUGUAAACAGACUUUUGAAAAUAUCUUAUGUGUUCAAACCACAACAUUAUUGAAAAAAUCAACACUCGAAAAAAUUUUUGUAGUUCUACAGGAAUUUAUGUGUAAAAUCAAUGACAGCGAGUCUACCAUUCAAGAAGUGAUACAGUCUGAAAACGAAUUUAAUAAAACAAUCUGCAAAGAAGUAGAAUUUACUAAAAGAAAAUCAAAUUGCAAGGCGUUUGAUAACUUUAAAGCUUUGUGUAGUGAAAAUAAAUCACCAUCUGUAAAAAGACAAAAUAUCUACAAAUGCGCAGACUGCAAGUACCAAACACCUAGAAAAUCUGAUUUGAAGAAACAUCUAAAACGUCACAUGGGUGUAUGCGAUUAUUUCUGUAGUUAUUGUGAACGAAAAUUUUUUGAUAAAUACAACUUAGAAAGGCAUGUAAAUGCCAGUCACACUAAAAAACAACAAUAUUCGUGUACAUUGUGUACGUAUACAACGUUUUUAUAUGAUUCAUUGAAACGUCACAAAAAAUUGAAACAUAGUGAUGACAUAGGAACAAAAUAUGUCUGCUCCAUUUGUUACCAUGUGAGUGCUUCAAAACACGAUUUGAAUAUGCAUUCAUACACUCACAAUAAAGUUAAAUCUUACAUGUGUGAAGAAUGCGGUUCAAUGUUUGCUAUUAAAAGUCGGUUGAUAACGCACCAAAACACUGUACACAAUGAACCAGUUCACCCGUGUCAAGUUUGUGACAAAUCAUUUAAAACACUAACGCUGCUUAAGAGACAUACAGUCAUACACUCUCGUUUUAAACCUUAUUGUUGUCCAUUCUGCAACCAUUCAUCCAACAGCCAGAGCAAUUUAACCAAACAUGUACGCAAAAUUCAUUCCCUGGAUGAUUUUUCUUACCACAAAUUUAUUAAUGGAAAAUAACUUCAGAAUAUGGUUGUAUACAUCCAUUGUUAUCAUUUCCACACCAGACAUGAGUUUACCGUUAAUAGUUUACCAAUCCAAAACAUUAGGAUUGAUAAUUUUAUAUGUUUUUGUAAAUUUGUUAAUGCUUUUAUAACACAUUAUUGUUCUUAUUGUUUUCAUUGUUUGUAUUUUAUUAUUUUUAACAAAAUGUAGGUAUAAAUACAAAUUGAAUACAAAUAUAUUUUUUAUAUUUCUAUCCAUAUUAUUUUACUAUAAAUUAUGUUAUAUAAUUUAAUAUAAUCUAACCUUAACCAUAAGUAGUUACUAGCUUACCACUUAGACUCUUUGAGAUCGAUGUUUGUUUCAAAAGUAUGAUACCACCAAAAAUUAUUUGUUUGUGAUUUUACAGUUUUGGAAUUUUUAUUUAGAUUUCUUUAAUUCUCAAUGCAUAUUUUACCCAAUUUGCAUUAUUUUUACUUUUCUAUUGUUUAAGUUUAAUCUGUUAUUAUUAUUCUAAAUUGUGUUCACAAUAUAUUACAUUAAGUACAAACUUUA